AAUCUACAGAAGGUAUUUCUAUUUUUAAUAGAGUUUUAUAAUCUACAUUAAUGUGUAUAGUUUAAAAAGGAGCUUAUCAAUAAUCUUUUAUUUAUUUCUGCAAUAAUUACGCAACUUGCAACGUUCAUUGGUUCAACGACACAUCUUGAGGACGCGUUACACGGAUGUAACUAUUUAGGAUAGUGGACGGAUAGAAGCGUUUAUGAGAUGUGAUAUACAACGUUGCUCUUAUAAUUGAAUGAGCUGAGAGGGUAUAAGGUGUUUAUAUCUUCCCCGCUCCUCCCAAAACCGUUAUACUAUCACCGAGGAGCUGUAUGAACCAUCAUUGUUUAAUCUAAUUCAAAAUGGGACAAGGACCAUCACAAGAAGUUUAUCUUGAGACUAGAGUUGAAAAUCCUCCAGAUGGAAGAGAGCCCCAAGGGCUUGCUCUCAUAGCUCAUGGUAGGCUUGGCGGAAACUUCGACCAACCACCAGUUCGUCUUCUUGCCGAUUAUCUCAGAGACAAGAGACAGCUAAGAGUAGUGACUUGGAAUGCCCGCGGGAUAGGCCAAAGCGGUGGUGGUAAUGAGUGGACGGACUUCAGUACUUGGAUAGGAGAUCCUGGGAUAGAUGAUUACCGUCGAAUGUUGCGGGAGUCUAUGGAUAGGUUCGUUCAGGAUUAUCCCCAUAUCCAGGGGGCCCAACUCUUCAUAUGUGGCUACUCGGCAGGCGCCAUCUUCGCCGGCUGUAGCCGUCCAUUUCCAUGGUUCUCUCAAUUCCGGCCAGCGCAUUACAUCUUGGUAUCAUACCCAGUAGAGUUAAAUCCCCUCAUCGGGAUUCAUAAGUCGGGUUCAUACUUCCGCUCCGUGGAAGCUUUGGUACAGGGUUGGGGAUGGGAAAACCUACCCCAUGAGUUCAAUGGCAAGGAACCGGAUGUAUCUGGAGUGCUUACGGUAACUGGUCAGCACGAAGCGAUGUUCUAUGGUAUGUGGACCGGGAUUCUCGGCAGCAAGAAUGCACGAGGUGUAUUGACACAGGUUGUUGUAGAUGGUGCUGGACAUGCGUGGGAUGAUAAAGCAUACCGGAUUCCUGAGGAAGUCGACAGGUGGUUGUCUAGGUUUUGAAGAGUCGAAUUAUGAAGUGUAACACCUAUCUUGACUUAUCUAAGCUAUAUAGAAUACCUAAAUACUGGUGAUGCCAGCUCGCUCUAUUGAUAGGGGAGAUCCAGUGGUCUAGCCCUUCCCUAUUUCAGCGAAUUUAGGCAACCUUCCGCUCCUAUUCCAACCA